AUGCGAAAUGCGAAUGCUUGUGAAGUGACUCGUGGUGGCGGUGAUAGUUUGCCAAACAAUGAACACAUACAAUCAAGUCAUAAAAAACAGGGUAAGGAUCUAUUUAAUGUUUGCUAUGGGUCUGAUGUUGUACAAGCAAGUUUUGAAAACUUCUUGAUGUACAAAAGUUAUGCAGUUUAUUUUCAAAAAAAAUUAGAAGCCGGUAGCAACGUGACUUUGCGAUUCGCUUCAAAUGCAACGGUUUCUGUUAAUAAAAAAUUUGGGGAAUUAACUUCAUUGGGUAAUAACGUAUACACAAUAACGUUAUUGGAAGAUGCAAACGAUUUCCAAGUUUACGUAAAAGCACCGCCUACAUAUAAAUCUUUUUUGCCUAUUUAUGUUACAAGCGCUCUUAUUAAUGGUGAAGAAUAUUGUACAAAUUCUGUUUUAGGGCCUAUACACAAUCAUCCUAAGACCAAUGAUUCGACAGAACAAAGCAUUACAUCAAAACUGUCGUGUGGGCAUCGUAAAGUAAAACAUAAUCAGCUUAUAACCCAUGGACUCGAAGCGAGAUCGGGAGACUGGCCAUGGCAUGUUGGAAUAAGCAGUAUACACAAUUCUACCUUCCGAUAUAUUUGUGGAGGAUCUCUUGUGUCAGAUAUAUUUGUUUUAACAGCUGCUCAUUGCGUAACAAAGGUUGGUGUUCCGGUAUUGCCAGAAUAUUUGGGGAUUAGUCUUGGAAAGACUAAUUUGAUUGGAGCCAAUGAAAAUCCUCAGGAAAGAGAGGUUUUCAAAAUCAUUGUACAUGAACAUUUUAAUCAUAGAAAAUUAGACAAUGAUAUAGCAUUAUUGAAAUUGACCACGCCAGUUAUUUUUAAUGAUUAUAUACAGCCUGUUUGUAUGUGGUCUGAUAGAGUGAACAAGACUGUUCCAAUUGGAGAAAUCACUGGAUGGGUAGUUGGAUGGGGUUUUGAUCAAACAGAUUCAUUAAGUCCAACUCUUCGCACUGCUCACAUACCCUUAGUAUCAGAUGAGAUUUGCAUUAAAAGAAAGCCAACAUUUUACGGUAGCUUCCUAAAUGGUUAUAAAUUUUGCGCUGGACUUAUCAAUGGAACGUCCGUAUGUAAUGGAGACAGUGGUGGGGGUUUUGUUGUAUUCAUACCAAAUGAAGAUAGUGGAAUAACUGGUUCUCAUGAUGGAGUAUGGUUUAUACGAGGAAUAAUUUCUCUUGCAUUGAGCAGAGAAAAUUAUAAAAUAAGCGUUUGUGAUCCCAACGAAUACGUUAUAUUUACUGAUGUUGAUAAAUAUGACGAUUGGAUAAAAGAGCACAUGAAA